AUGCUAAGCGAUAUUAAUACUGCAUUCUCACAGAGAAAGUGUCGUCAAGACUGCGAGGAAGAAGAUACCGGAUCAUGCACACAAACUGUCGUCGAUGUUGACCCACCUCCGCUAAAAACCUAUCCACAAGCAUGGAUGGUUCUCUUUUUCCUGGUACUGCUUCGCACUGCCGUGGCGGUAUUCCAAUUUACUUUUAGUGUUGUCCCAAACCUUACCGCAGAAUUCUUCUCAGUCUCGCUGACAGGUGUCAAUUGGUUGGCCAAUGUACAAUGCCUAGUAUACGUUGUGCUCAGCUUUUUUACUGGUUGGCUCUUUGAACGAUUGGGUGUCAAGCGAUCGCUUAUCCUUGCUGGCUUUCUAUGUGCUGCUGGAUCAGCCAUCCGAUUUAUAUCCAGUAAACUACGUUCAUUUCCACUGGUGAUGGUUGGUCAAGUUAUUGGGUCUGCAGCAUCACCGCUUUCAUUAAACAUUAUGACGAUGGUUGCAUCCACCUGGUUUACAGAGAGCAUGCGAGCAACAGCAGGAAUGUUUGUAGCGUCGAACUAUGGAGCUAUUUUGGGCAUGUUCAUGAUCCCAGCUACUACAUCGCAGCUCGAGCAGAUCCCGAUGACCUUAUUGAUAGUGACAGUUAUUGCCGUGGUUGCCUUUGUGCCUCUGGUGUUUAUGCCUGCUAAACCUCCAACGCCUCCUUCAUUUGUCCAAAAUCAAGACCGACCAUCCUUUUUCGCUGGAUUAAAGCUACUUGCACGAAACUACAAUUUUUGGAUUCUCUUUGUAAUUCACAGCUUAAACGUCGGCCUCAGUAUAGCAUUUGGAACUAUAUUUACUCAAAUGAUUUCGCCAUAUGGAUAUAGCGAUACUGAUGCUGGGCAACUAAAUGCAAUCGCCUUUUUUGCAGGCACGCUUGGUUGCUCUGUCGCUGGACCCGUUCUGGAUAAGACAAAACAGCACAAACUCUUCUUAAAACUGAUUGCUCCCAUGGUGCUAGUGAGCGACGUUGGACUUAUUUUUAUCAUACGCAAAGAUUCAUAUGCUGCCAUUUUAUUUGUCAUGGCUAUCAACCAGUUCUUUCUGUCAUUUCUGGUCCCAGUAGUGAUUGAACUCGGUAGUGAGACAUCCUACCCCGUAUCAGAAGCAACGACCAGUUCGAUUCUCUGGCAAGGCGCUCAAGUAUUUGGUUUUAUUCUUGUGGUAGUAAUGGAUGCUGUCCGGGAUCCCCGUGGCAAUCCGCCAAACAAUCUAUACAAGGCAUUGAUAAUUCAAGCUGGAUUGGCCGGUGCUAUUAUGAUUCUCGCGUUUCUGUUCAUGGGUCGCAUGGGGCGGUCUGAAGCAAUUGCUUGGCAGAAAGAACAACAAGAGCGAUCUAAGGAAAAGUCUUUUGAAAAACCUAGUACAACGCUGAGUAACUUGUCUUUAGGGAUUGCGGGCCAUCAAGGCGACUCAGAAAAAAAGGAUGUUUUUCAAGAGGAAAUAUCGAGAAAGUUAUAA